AUGUCGACGUGGGGUCAGUAUUUCCGUGUCACCACUUAUGGCGAGUCCCACUGUCGCUCCGUCGGCUGCAUCGUCGAUGGAUGUCCUCCGGGCCUAGAAAUCACUGAGGCCGAUAUUCAGCCCCAAAUGACCCGGCGCCGUCCCGGCCAAAGCGCCCUCACUACCCCGCGGGACGAGAAGGACCGAGUCGAGAUCCAGUCAGGCACAGAGUUCGGCGUCACUCUGGGCACACCAAUUGCCAUGGUCGUCCGCAAUGAGGACCAGCGUCCCAAGGACUACGGUGGCAGCACAAUGGACCUGUACCCGCGCCCUAGCCAUGCCGAUUUCACCUACCUGGAGAAGUACGGCGUCAAGGCCAGCAGCGGCGGUGGUCGCAGCAGCGCCCGUGAGACUAUCGGCCGUGUAGCUGCCGGCGCCAUCGCCGAGAAGUUCCUCAGCCUGGCGCAUAACAUCGAAAUCGUCGCCUUCGUCUCCUCCUUCCUCAAGCUAAUCGAAACAAUCGACCGCAAAACCGUCGACUCCUUCGCUCCCAUCCGAUGCCCAGAAACCGAAGCAGCCCAGCGCAUGACCAAAGUCAUCGAGAAGUUCCGCGACAACCACGACAGCAUCGGUGGAACCGUAACAUGCGUGAUCCGCAACGUGCCAGUCGGGCUGGGCGAGCCGUGCUUCGAUAAGCUUGAAGCCAAGCUCGGCCACGCGAUGCUCAGCAUCCCCGCAACCAAGGGCUUCGAGAUCGGCUCCGGCUUCGGCGGCUGCGAGGUCCCCGGCUCAAUCCACAACGACCCCUUCAUCGCCAACUCGUCGACAACUGAGGCCGGCGGUCCCCGUCUCACUACCAAGACUAACAACUCUGGCGGUAUCCAGGGUGGUAUCUCCAACGGCGCGUCCAUCUACUUCCGCGUCGCCUUCAAGCCCGCUGCUACCAUCGGCCAGGCGCAGACCACUACUUCCUACGACGGCGAGGAGGGUGUCCUGGAGGCUAAGGGUCGCCACGAUCCUUGUGUUCCCCCCCGUGCUGUCCCUAUCGUUGAGGCUAUGUCGUCGCUGGUUGUCAUGGAUGCACUCAUGGCUCAGUAUGCCCGUGAGGGCGCCAAGAACUUGCUUCCACGGAAGCCUCAGACUAUCCCUACUCAUCCUACCACCGCGCCCAAUGGUGCUCCUUCAUCGUAG